AUGAGCUCCACGGACCCGCCCUCCUGCGAUGUGGAACGGUCAGGCCGCCCACCCUCUCGCCAGGCCCCGACACGCGACGAUUUAACGCCCCUUCCCGCGGGGUGGGUCCGGUUGCCUAGUGACAGCGACGCUACUCAGCGGCCCCUCAGCAGGGACAAAAUGGCGGCGGGCUGCGGCGGCGGGGCCCGGCGAGGCGCGGGCUGCGGUUCAGCUGGGGUGCGGAAAUCCCACAGGAUCCUGCCCCAUCCUGCCAUGCCAAAGAAGACUUUGAUGCAUGGAGACUUCCUGGCUAAGGAGGAGGAGUACAAGCGACUGAAUGCAGAAUUAGAGGCAAAAACAGCAGAGUUGGUGCGUCAGGCUGAAGAAGUAAUAAGAGAUCAACAAGAGAUACUAUCAAUACCAGUUUCAACACAGGUUAAAUUGUGUGAAGAUGAUGACAAGCAACUGAGAGAUGUGCUUUCUCCUGAACUGCCAAUCCUUACACUUUCGCAUAUUAAGCAACCAAACAAGAAAUCUGGUUCCAUGUCCACAGCUCAGAACAGACCACACUCUGGCAGUAAGGGAAAGAGAACAACUUCAAGUGCAAAACUAAGAAGCAUUGAUAUAAAAGCUGCUGAUGAUGUUGCCGUCCUGGAGGACUUCACAGAUUUUUCUCUUGCAAAGACAAUUAGCAAAAUUGAAGGAAAACUGGAGGAAGGAGACUUGCUUGAAAGUCUAGAUGAUGAUAUUAUUCCAAGUGUAGGAAAUGAAAUUGGAACAGAAGCCCAGAUCAGAUUUCUUAAGGCAAAGCUGCGUGUUAUGCAGGAGGAGCUGGAUAGUAUAGUACGUGAAUGUAGUAAAAAGGAUGAUGAGAAUCGGAAUUUAAACUCUCGGGUUAAAGAAACUGAGGAAGAACAUGCUAGACUCCAGCGAACAGUCAGUACUCAACAGUUUCAAAUUGAAAAGUACAAAAUGCUGUCAGAGGAAGCUAACAGGAAAAGUGAAGGAUUACAGCAACAGCUCACUGCAGUAGAAAAGGAACUAGAGAAUCUAAAGCGCAUACAAAAGCAGGCUUCUACCAGUCAGAGUGCUACAGAAGUUCGCUUAAAUAGGGCUCUUGAGGAAGCAGAAAGGUAUAAAAUGGAGCUGAAUAAACUGAAGCAAAGCAAUAAGGACAUAGCCAACCAAGAGCACAAAAAAUUUGAAGAACUAAAAAUAGCAAACAAGAGACUGGAGAAACAAAAAGGAGAGCUAAUGACAGGUUUCAAGAAACAGCUAAAGUUAAUUGAUAUUCUGAAGAGACAAAAGAUGCAUAUUGAAGCAGCUAAAAUGCUUUCUUUUACUGAAGAAGAGUUCAUGAAAGCUCUUGAGUGGGGAAAUCCCUGA